UGUGUCUGUUACGCUGAGGCCAAAGGACGGAGAGAGGAAUAGUGUCGUCUGCAAGGUGAAGGAUGUUGAGUGACUUUUGUCUCUUAACCCGAAGCGCUCAAUUUUUGUGUUGUGAAAACAAGAAGUUUUGAAAAGUGUGCAGUGAAAGGCCAUUCAGAAUACUUCAGUCUCACUGUGUCUGCUUUGAGAACAUGGAUGAAAAUGCUGUUAUUUGCAAUGACCACACCAUAAAGUCCAAAGACCUUAACCAAUCAGCUAAUCAUAAAAGUGUGUUUGCUGCUGAUGAUUCUCACCCAGGAGACAAACUGCUUUGCAUAGCAACAAAACUUGGCUUGACGGUAGAGGAUGAGGCAUUUGCUGAAUAUAUGGAUGAGCAGGAUCCACUACGAUCACUACGAGAAGAGUUUUUCUAUCCAAAGAUGAAAGACCUAGUGUCAACUGACCUUACAAUUGUGGACCCAGAAGAGGAUUGUGUUUACUUUUGUGGCAAUUCUCUGGGCCUAUGUCCUCGGAGCACAAAGAAACACAUGGAUGGGCAGAUUGACAAGUGGGCAAAACUGGGAGUUCAAGGUCAUGUCAAUGGUGAACUGCCAUGGGCACAUUGUGAUGAAUGUGUUGAUUCAGACAUGGCUAAACUUGUAGGUGCAAAGGAUGGAGAAGUGGCAGUCAUGAAUGGUCUGACAGUCAACCUUCAUCUACAGCUGAUAUCAUUUUAUCGGCCAACACCUAGUCGGCACAAAAUACUGUGUGAAUCCAAAGCUUUUCCUUCAGAUCAUUAUGCCUUUGAAAGUCAGAUUCGUUUCCAUGGUUAUGAUCCAGCUCAAAGUCUAAUCUGUAUGGAACCCAGAAAGGGGGAGUGUAUUUUGCGAACAGAAGACAUUAUUAGAAAGAUAGAGGAGGAAGGGGAGAACAUUGCUGUGGUGUGCUUUUCUGGAAUCCAGUACUACACAGGACAGUUGUUUGACAUUCCAACCAUCACAUCUGUAGGUCAAAAGAAGGGCUGUUAUGUUGGGUGGGACUUGGCUCAUGCUGCAGGAAAUGUUGAGUUGUUUCUUCAUGACUGGAAUGUUGACUUUGCCUGCUGGUGCAGCUACAAGUACAUAAACAGCAGCGCUGGGAGUCUGGCAGGAUUCUUCAUCCAUGAGCGACAUCGGCACAAUGACUUCCCCAAACUUUUAGGAUGGUGGGGCCAUGACAUGGCUACUCGCUUUAACAUGGACAAUGAGAUGGUGAUAAGCCCAGGAGCCUAUGGUUAUCGUAUCAGUAACCCUCCAGGGUUUCUUGUCGCACCUAUCAAGGCAAGCUUAGAGGUGUUUGCCAAGACAAGUAUGAAAGAUCUUGUUGCAAAGUCCCGCCUGCUUACAGGUUACCUGGAGCUACUUGUUAACAGAAAAUAUAAAAAACCUAUAGCCAGUGAAACUAUAACUGCAAGUGGAGAUUCUGGCUGCAUAUAUGUUGAAAUUUUAACUCCAUCAGACCCCAAACAGCGUGGUGCUCAGUUGUCAUUGGCAUUCAGCAUUGAUUUGCACAUUGUUAUCGCAGAACUAUCCAAACGGGGUGUAGUGUGUGACAAACGUCUGCCCCGUGUCAUUCGUGUCUCCCCUGCCCCCUUGUAUUGUUCCUUCAAGGAUGUACACCGCUUUAUGCGAUACUUGGCAGACUCUCUGGAAGCAGCUGCAGGCAGCCUACAGACACUACCAAAUUCAAAUUCUCAUUAACAUUAAACUUGGAAGACCUAUGCAGCUGUUGACAACUCUUUAAAUUGUGUCAUUGUACUGAAGGUGGGUGGUAGUAGUGCUUACCAUUUAUUUAUUCCAGUCAAGGAAUAUAACCUCUCAGAUUAAAAGGUAACUAAGGCUUUGAACUUAAUAAGCAGAUCUGUUUGCCAUCUAUACAAUUCCAUAACCUGCUCUUCCUGAAGCACUUUUAGCUGUAGUACUGGAAAAUGCAUUUUGACUGUGCUUUCUAUCAAUGGAAUGAAUAUGUGAUGAAAGUCAGAGUAGUCAUGGGAAAAAUAGAUAUCAACGGAGUUGGGUUGAAAGCAAAGCAGCAAAAUAGUGAAGAGGAAGCUUUUUUUCUUUUGAUAAAUUCUACAAUAAAGGUAGGCCAGUGAAGAGAGCAGAUGAGAUCAGAGUCUGCUUAUUAUGCUUUUAUUUUACUUUAAUGAUGGGCAGCGUUGUUGGCCUGAUUGAUUUCCCUAAAUAAGAGCAAAAGCUGUGACGUGCUAGUUCAAGAGAAUUUAUUAUCCAAAUUAAAAGAUGGAAAUCAUCGUAAAUCUAACAAAUGUUACCACUGAAAACUUUCUGGGACCUUUUCCCUAAAUUUAUUUCUUGGAGGUGCUACACGGGUAGACAAUGUGUUUAUCACCUGCUCAUCUGUCAUUAAAAACUAAACUAUUGAUAUUGGAUUACCUAAUCACACCUUUUAUAUCACUUAUAUGCUCUUUAUUCUUAUUAUUAUUAAGACAAAUCAUGACAUAAAUGUCGAGUAGGUAUCUAGCUAUGACUAUCUGUGCAUUUAGUUAACAGAUAAGCAGUUCAGGAGUUUGAAAAAAAGGAGGGGACUAAGGGUCCUGUCCAUGCAGCUAUGACCUUGUUAUUGAUCUGCCUUUGUUGAUGUACCGGUGACAACUAGCUAGCAUAUCAGCACACCUGCACUCCUACAUUUGCAUUUUUAUCUACCCCUUUAAAUCCUUAACAGUUCAUACAGAUAAUAAAACUACAGAACUACAGGAUGAAAAUCUCUUUCCGGGAUGGCUUUUUCUUAAACCUCUUUCUAUCAAAUGCUUAAUUUCUACCUCAUUUCUAGAAAGCUAAUGAUCUGGUGAUGCUGCCACUAAUGCUUAUUGCAAGGGAUAACUUUAUCCUAUUAACCCCCUGCCAACAGAGCGCUAUGUUUAAUAAAUGUAUUGUUCAAGCAGUCAUAUGUAAUGAUUGAUACAAGUUUUAUCACAUUUUCACACCAUAAAGGUGACUGAAAACAGAAAAACUGGUCCAUAAAAUACUUCUUUUUUCUUUUUUUUUUCUUUUUUUGAAGACUUUAUUUGUAUUAGUUUUAUUAUAUUAAAUAAUUUUCCUCAUUUGGAAGGCAGGCAUGACAGGAGAUGUAUUUUUGUAUGUUCUUUUCUUAAAUCUACCAUCCUUUUGUCCUACUAUUUCUGCCUAUCUUUUCUGAAUAGGAGCAUCAGUGACUUAGAGCUCACGUGCAAAGCAUUAGACACUAAAGCACAAAGCAUAAUGGGCAAUUUUUUCACAUGUGCGCACCAAGUAUGAAGUAUUUUUUAAUAUAUUACUCUAUUUUCAGCUACAUUGCUGAAACUGUGUUCAAUGUUUCAGAUAUCUUAUAAAACCAUGUCCAUCUCUUUUUUUAAAAUGUGUAUUAUUCUUCAAGAGAAUAAAACUGAUUUGUCAAUUUU